UAAAACAGGGCGCGUCCAAGCCCCAGAGAAAACCAGAGGCGUCCGGCUCCAUCAUGCAAGGACAGAGCUUUAGAGCCCGACUUAGUCAGCACCCCAACUGCGCCCGGCUGCUUCCCAGCACCUCACCCCCACCUGGGGAGGCGUGCGGCAAGGUCUGCCAGGAGUCUGAGGACUCCAGGCGCUGGCUCUGCCGGACUGAGGCCAGCGCCAGAGAAUUCCCGAGGGACGGGGCUCCACACACCACAAAGGCACAGGCCCAGCCGCGAGAAGACCCGUCCCAGUCCGCAGGUGCCCGCGGGCCCACGAGGACGAGGCCGUGAGAAAAACCAAGCGUUACGGAGCCACUUCACCAACACCCUGUGACCACGAGGCCGCGGCCAGAGCUAACUGCACCUCCUCCCUCAGUGAGACAGGCCGCCAGCAGCCAUGUCUCUCCCUGGCGCCCCGCUCCCAGCAGGCCGAGCCCCGCAGGCCGGGCGUGUGGAGGGAGCAGCUCGUUUACCGGGGAUGGCGGAAAGGGCAGAGACGGAGGUGGGGCGGGCGGUGGGCACGGGAGCGGGACGGGGAGUCAGGGCAGGUUAGGGGAGAGGAUGGGGACUGCUGUGUAGGUGUCUGAGGAGGCCCAUCUCUGAGAAUAAAGCCGUGGAGGAAAAGGGGAUAGAAGAAUCGUGGAGAGACUAAGACUGAAAUGAAAGAAUGCACAGGAAAGCAGGCGGGAACUAACACGUAAGCAGCAGCGGCAGGGAAAGGUGCAGGGCCAGGUUUCGGGGGCCGUGUCGAGAGCAGGGCGAAGGGGUGUUGGGGAGCAGAUGGGGCCGGGAAUGGAAACGGAGGGGAGACGGGAACGGGAGCGGAGCCGCGGGAGCGGAGCCGGGCUGCAGAGCGGGAGCGACUCGACGCCAAGAGGGGCGUCACGGCGGGGGCCCCAGCGCUGGGCGAUGGCACGGGAAGGAGACUCUCCAACAGGACGCCGGGCGUGGCCCACCUCGGAGCGGCGGCGAAGGGGACCGAGAGGGGUGCCAGGAGGCGGAGGUCCCUGGCAGGUGACGUGUGAGUCCUGUGUGUCCUAGAAAGUCCACCGGCAUUUGGGGACCAAGGCCUGCUCAGCGAGGUCGUUCCUCCUGGGCCAGCCUGGCUGCUCAGGUCCCCUCGUCAGCUGGAAUGCCCUCCCACAUGGCCCGGACGCUGCUGCUCGCCUUCAUCGUACUCCAUCCAGGAUCCUGUGCUCUCUGGGUGUCCCAGCCCCCUGAGGUUCAUGCCCAGGAGGGUGCCGCUGCCCUCGUGCCCUGCUCCUUCAAUGCCAGCCAAGGGACACUGGCCAUUGGCUCUGUCACAUGGUAUCGGGACAUGGUGGCCCCGGGGAAGGAAGUGAGGAAUGGGACCCCAGAGUUCAGGGGCCGCCUGGCCCCUCUUGCCUCUUCCCGCUUCCUCUGUGACCACCAGGCGGAGCUGCACAUCUGGGAUACCCGAGGCCCAGACGCCGGCGUCUACGUGUGCCAGGUGGAGGUGCUGGGCCUGGGUGUCGGGACAGGGAACGGGACUCUGCUGGUGGUGGAGAAAGGACCUCCUGGGCCAGGGCCCCUCGCGGCCCUCCUCCUUCGGGCUGGAUUCUAUGCCUUCAGCUUUCUCUCCGUGGCCAUGGGCAGCACCAUCUAUUACCAAGGCAAGUGUGCGUCGUGGAGCCAUGACAAUGGCCUAAGAGAAGGUGGAGCAGCGAGCGUGCUGGAGGGGGGAGACAGAGGCCAAGGCGAGAGGAGCCUCGCAGCACCAGGGACUCGGCCACCUCCCUGCCAGGCCACUGCCACCUGGGGACACUGCCGCCUCUUGGAUGCCUCUGAUGAGUGAUUCCAGACCCCAGUGACCCCAGCACUCUUCAGGAGACCCCAAUAAAUCGGCCCCACCACGAA